CAAAAUGGCGAAUAAUCGAGAUGAUUUUAUUCGGUUGCUGUGGUAUAGACUUUUAUCAGUAACUUUAGUAGUUAUAUUUUAUUCUCUGAAGAGUAAAGUGUCUGGGCUCAAAUGUUACUGUGUACAACACUGUCCAAAUAAUGAACUAGAAGGAACAUGUACUGCUAGAAAAGGUGGUCGAUGUUUUAGUGCUGUAGAAGAAGUUGUUAACAUGGCAACUGGGCAGUUAGAAGCAGAACGCACAUAUGGCUGCUUGCCUCCAAAUGAAAGUGGCAUUUUGCAAUGUAAAGGAAAUCUUGUUCCUCAUCGCAUACCAAAGUCUAUAGCAUGCUGUGAUGAUAAAGAUAUGUGCAAUGAGGCUUUAAGUCCUGUGUAUACAGUAAUACCAACCACCCCAGGUCCAGGAGAAUUCUCAAGUUUUGAUGACAGUGUUCACCAAAUUGCACUUCUCAUAUCUGUGACUGCCUGCUUUAUCUUCCUGAUUGUAUUUGUAUUAAUUGCCUACAUAAGGUGCAAAAAACGAGAAGAAAGACGACAAACUUACAUUGCUUCCGAACAGUGUAACUCUUUUAUUACUACAGGGGAGACUAUUAAAGACUUGAUAGAUAAGUCCUUAAGCUCUGGAAGUGGAUCUGGCCUUCCUUUAUUAGUUCAACGAACAAUAGCAAAACAGAUCGAGCUGAUCAACAGUAUUGGAAAGGGGCGGUACGGAGAGGUGUGGAAAGCUAAAUGGAGAGGAGAGAAUGUAGCAGUCAAAGUGUUCUUCACAACAGAAGAAGCCAGCUGGAUCAGAGAGACUGAAAUUUAUCAGACUGUGUUGUUGAGGCAUGAAAAUAUUCUUGGUUUUGUUGCCGCUGACAUUCGUGGUACAGGCUCAUGGACGCAGUUACUCUUAAUUACUGAUUAUCAUGAAUAUGGUUCUUUACAUGAUUACCUGAAACUGCACACACUAGAAGUUCCUGACCUACUUAGAAUGACUUCCUCAAUAUCCUCUGGCCUUUCACACCUUCAUAAUGAGGUGUUUGGCAAGCAAGGUAAACCAGCUAUUGCCCAUCGAGACAUCAAAAGUAAAAACAUCUUAGUAAAGAAAGAUGGAACUUGUGCUAUAGCAGACUUUGGUUUAGCUGUGAAAUAUAACAGUGAAGUAAAUGAAAUAGAUAUAGCUGCCAAUAAAAGAGUGGGAACUAAACGGUACAUGGCACCUGAAGUUAUUUCAGAGACAAUCAACACCUCUCAUUUUGAUUCCUACAGGAUGUCAGACAUGUAUUCCUUUGCUCUUGUUCUUUGGGAGAUUUCCCGAUGCUGUGUUACAAAUGGUGUUGUGGAUGAAUACCAGAUACCUUACCAUGAUUGUGUAUCAUCAGAUCCAAGUUUUGAGGACAUGAGAAAAGUAGUGUGUGUUGAAAAUAUUCGACCUGCUAUUCCUAGCAGGUGGAACUCUUGUAAAGUCCUUCAAACAAUCAGUAAAAUCAUGCAGGAGUGUUGGCACUCAAAUCCAUCUGUCAGACUUACCUCCUUACGGGUGAAGAAAACUUUACUAAAGUUGAAUAGUAGCCAAGACUUUAAAGUUUUUUAAGGCCAAUACUACCUCAACUUUUGAGCAUUGUCAGCUUCAGUAAUACAGGCCUUCUCCAUCUCCUCUAAGGAGGCAAUUGCAUGUGGAGGUCAAAAUAUUUGAAACGUGAGUGGCAGCCAGUGGCAGUGUUGACAAAACCAAAUCAGUAUGAAUCUAUCUACACUGUCAUUCAUUUAAAAGGAGUCUUUUGAAGCAUGCCAACAAUGCAAAGCCUUGCGUCAAGGCUAUUCUUUUAGAAAGCCUGGAGUGAGAUAUCCUCCCUCACCUUUAAGAAAAUUUUUUAAAAGAUUUUUGAGAUUUAGUGCUUAACAGGCACAAAUCAAGCUCCUGAUGAAUGGAGAUUUCUAGGGAAAUGAGCUUCCAGUACAACAACAUAAAGUUACAUUUAUCAUAAACUGUACUACUGCUGUUCUAGCAGAAGGAUGGUCACUGUAAAAUAUGCAAUUUUGUAAGGUAGAGUGCCAUUUCAUUAAGUUAUCAGACUUGUAAGUACAAGUACUGUUAAAUAGUACUGUAUGUGAAGUGGUGUUUUUGUAAGAAUUAUGUUACUUUUUUUUUAUAUGUUUCAUGAUGAGAUUCUCUGUAAGGUAGAGUGACAAGAAGAGCUAAUUUUGUUUGUAUGUAUGUCUGUUAAAGAAAUCAGUGAUUUGUUAGUACAAGCUUACUUAACUAGAUACAAAUAUUUAAACAAAAUCAAACAAAUUUAAUUUGUGUUUAACUUUUGUUUAGAAUAUUAAAAGAUAUGAAUUUCAUUUACAGGAAGAGUUAUAUGGUUUGAACUAGUACGUGAAAAAAAAAAGUUUAAGUUCACACAUCACAGAUGAUAGGAAAUGGUCCAUAAUUUGUGUUUUAAGUGUAAAUGUUAUGUAGUACGAGUUUUUUAUUAUUCACACUGAUUCAGUGUAAGAAAA